AUGGAUUUUGAAAAUUAUUCUCUGAGACGGCAAAACACUAAUUUACAAUAUGAACUCACGUUGACUCGCAAGAUUUUAAAUAUGCAAUUGGAGAUCGAUUCAUUAAGAGAAGAAGUUAAUAGGCUUAGAGACGAGAAUAGUAGGCUUAAAAAU